AUGGCCUGGCUAGGAGGGAUUGCAGCGCAGCUUUGGCAUCGCUGUAUCAUAUCGCGUGAUGUGCAAAGUUUACGGACCACGAAGAAUUUCGUGGUGGCGAUCGAAUGGCAGACGGAGCGCGAGAGUGGGAGUUUGUUGCUGAACACGCAGGCAAAGUCGUCUGCUGCUCUUAUAUACUUGGAUGCACCGAUGUGUACGCACAAUUUGAUCGCGAGACUCAUGCAUGUGGAAUGCCUCACAAAGGAGUCUCUGGUCCACAACUACCGUCGAGCAGCACGCAGUUGCUACGUCUCUUCUGCACUGUCCAACAUACCCUCCCCCGUGGUAACACGGUCGCUACCUACCACAUGCCGGGGCGACUGUGAAGUGCUGUUACCGUCCCUCGAAAAGCGCUUCAUCGUCGUCACUUCGUACUCUCGUGGUGGAGGAAGCAGUGCUAUCCAUGGCUACCACAAUGCAUCGCGUCGUCUCUGCGUGACGUACUGA